AUGAUUGUGAAUUGGGCAGAGGGACUGAAAGAGAUCGACCAAGUGGACUGGGACGCCUGGAUGGUCUUUCCUGAAUGCCCAGCAGAGUCUGUAUUUGAGGCAGAACUUGAAGUAGGUUCAUCCAAGUCGGCGGCCGAACGAGCAUCUGCUCUGAAGCCGACGGAUGGCACGGUGGAGAAUCCGAUUCCUAUCGGUCCCUUGAGUGAGAGGAAUGUUGCACCAGAGAAGAACAUCUCUGCGGGACUGCCACUUCCAUCGAACCAACCUCACUCUGAAGCAGUUCCUGUCGAGCAGACCAUUGCGGCACCGGUAUCGCCUCCAGCUUCGACACCACCGCCCAGCCAGUUUGCAUCGGAGGCUUAUUUGGACAAGUUCGAUCUACCUGCCGGGGCGGCCGAGGCCCGUCGUAUCAACGAUCACGAAUCCAUAGCUCGGUCCUUCUGUGCGCAGCAAUUGGAUAACAACAUUCAAGACCAGAAUGCGCUUCGAGAACGCAUUUAUUGCAUUCAACAGCAAGUCAACAACGUGAGGAUGCAGCACGGCAAGGACUCUCCGACCACCGCGAGGUGGGAAGAGAAGGCUAGGAGGUCUUUCGCGCAGCUCACGCCUGAAAACAAUCCUCUGUCGCCUGACGAAUGCCUUAGCGUUCUAAGCUUUGACACUGAUCCUCAGUGGCCUGCAUUUAUGUCCGGUGACGAGAAUGAAGCACAGAACGGGAAGGAUAAUAACGGUUUUGCUUGCGGGAACACGCCGCCAACACCACCGUUUUCGACGUGGUUCACGACUCCGACUCCCUUGACUUAUCCGCAAGGUUCGACACAGACACAGGAUUCAGAGGUUCAGUCGGCAUUCAACGAGCGUGCGCGACAGAGCGGCAAUGGUCAAAAUCGUAACACUCACGAGACUACGCCACCGUUCUCGACAACCUUGACGGCUUCUAAUAGCUUGCUUAAUCCGGAAAAUUCGACACAGGCAAAGGUUUCGAAGACACAGUCGUCCCUCAACGCGCGCACGCAACAGAGGUUAACUGCCGCGAACCCACCAAUCUCGAGUCCGUCUAUCCCUCCGUAUCCACGUCUUGAGAACGUUAAUCCACCGUUUGUGUACGUGGAUCCGCGGCUCUCUCAGAUCGACCCAGAUGAGCCAGAGGCAUCCGCCCCUCGCAAGACGGUGUCCUUUGCGGACGAGCCUGUCGCUUCACCACCUCGUCCGAAGCAGCAGCAGCGUCGAACCAACAACCGGAAUAGAAAGAAGGCUGCGGAACCGCAAAACGUCCCGCAGGGAGGGCCUCCACAGGAAUCUUCACAGGAACCUCCACAGAAGCCUCCACAAGGACCUCCACAGGAACUUCCACAGCUACCUGCACAGGAACCUUCACAGCGACCUGCACCCACACGCAAUAAUCCCCCACCAGAGUUUCCGGCCGGUCCUGCAGCCCGACGAGCAGCUGCUACUCAGCAAGUGGAGAAUCCUCUCAGUUCUCAGCAAGCUCAGCAUUCUCUCAGUGCUCAACAAGUGGCUCGGCAAGUGCACCAAGCGCAGAAUGCACUCGGUAUUCAGCGUUCUCCCAGUGCUCAGAGUGGGAACCAAGCGCAGCAUCUCCCCAGUGCACAGAAUGGACACCAAGUGCAGCAUGCCCUCAGUGCUCAGAACGGGCCCCAAAUGCAGCAAUCCCUCAGUUAUCAGAACGGCUACCGCUCCAUGUUGCCUCCACCCGUCCCGUCCAGCCACUCUCCCAGCCAAGCUAAUCCCCAGCCCUCAUUCCCGCCUUGCCCCAGCAAUAACGACCAGUGGCCCAUCCAACAGUCACACUACAGCUACAUCCCGUCUGGAUUCCAACAGCAACCAGGUAAUCCGGAGCAGCGAGCCCAAGCCGCAAUCGACAGUCUGCGGCACAUGAAUGGCUAUGGAGGCGGUCCAACACGCUCCCCUCACUUCGCCAACGUAGCCCAUCGGUCUUACCCAGCGGUGCCGGCGCAGCAGCCUAUGCCGUAUCAGCACAUGCGGCCCAUUGGGUCUGCGGCGGCGGAUCCUAGGUUUGCGGGUAGUUAUAAUGCGAAUAAGUUGCAUGUGGGACAUCCGGCACGGAUGAUGCCUGAGCUGCCGCCUGGACCGGUUGAUGCUUUGAAUGUACUGGCUAUUAAUCGGAACUUGGGGGUGAGCUUUGGUCAAGCUGGACAGCCGGCGAACACUGGACUGGAUGCCGUUCGUAAUUUGGUCCAGGGUCUUGGUCAGGGAGAGCAGGUGUCGAUGGGUGUGUCUCCUGGACAGGAUGUCAAUCGGAACUUGGGGCAGAAUCCUGGUGAUCUGAAAGAGCCAGUGGAGGCUACGUCUAAUUGGCACCAUAUCAAUCGCAACCCUGGCCAGGAUCUCAGUGCGGCCAAAGAGCCGGCGAAGGCUGCGUCUGAUGUACAAAACGCAGCAUCCCCACGCUCUCAAGAGAAGGAGACCACCACAGCUAAUGCCGAGAUCACGGAAUCAAAGCAGCCUGUUCCAGAUUCCAAUGUUUCGAGUGUCAAGCUGCCCGUCACGGAGCCCGCACCUCUCGAGAACAACAGUGCCAUCCGGAGUGUGCAAGACUUGGAGGCUCAGCCUACUCGCGUGCCUUCCGAGCAGGAUGGCAGUGACCAGGAUUCAAGGGACGCAAAAGCUCAGGCUUCUCCUGCGUCUUCCGAGACGAUGCGCGGUGAACAGGAUUCAAAUGAUGUGCAAGCUCGGGCUACUCCAGCACUGUCUGACAAGGACAACACCAAGACUGUCGAGCAAGGUGGACAGGAGAUGACCCAGAACAUCCCAUCUGAGCUUCUUCUGAACACGAUCUUGCAGCCUAAUGGAAUCACUCAAAACAACCCAUCCUCAGGCUCCGAGCUUACAGAUCUAUCCGACAAGGACUUUUCGCCCGUGAAGGCUGAAUUCCCUGUUCGACAAGACAAUCUCCAAGAGUCUCGUGGUGAACCACUUCAGACGACAGAGCCAGCUCUCCGGGUCCAAAAGCCCCGUGUUAGUACCGGCCGUGCCUCAAAGACGCGAGACUCGACCGAGGAGAAGCUCGUCCAGGUGACUACGCCGCCGCCGCCGAUGUUCCCAGAGGUUGUCACCCAGGCCAAUUCGCAGGGAACCGAGAACCUCAAGCGGCGCCGCAAUGCGCGCACCAAUACGGCGGCGUCCGCUAGCAACCGCAAGAGCCCUGAUGGUGAUUUCCAGAUCGGCAAGGUGGAUGAUUCGUCUUCGGACAGGGAGAAGCCGGCCCGGAAGCGUACAAAGAGCACGGCAGGUAGAUUAUCAGGUCGAAGGGGCGGCGGCACGACGAGUAGGUUGUCAGGGCGAAAGAGCAGCCUCGGCACGACGGCUGCGAGUUCUGCGAAUGGAGAUACUACACCCAGGAGCACGAGGGGUCGACGUAGCGGCGGCAUGGCGCAAGCCCUGUCGAGCAGUCUGAAGAAGAAGAAGCCCGGACGAAAGAGGUCUUCCAUGGAUGGAGCCACUGACAAUGACACCCAUAACGGUAACAAGAACGAUGGUCGCAAAAGUAGCAAAGAAAUUUUGGACGAGGUAAGAUAUUACUCUGACUCCUCAAUCUCCAGCUGCAUCACGGUCGCAAAGGACUACCCUGAAGGGUUCUUCAUCAGCGACCGAGAGCCUCAGCUGCCCACACCUCCGCCGGUCAAACGGUCAAACAAGAAGUAUACCCAAAGUUCCUCGAAAGCUAAACGCAAUCAGGACGAACAGACCGCAUCAAAGGGAAACAAGACCGCUCCCAAGAUCGCGAAGCGGGACCUCACGCCCACUGACCUCCAGCCGAGGUACGGUAGGCGGACCACCCGGUCUGAGACGAAGAACCCGAGCGACGCGGGUUCUGUGGAUUCGGAAGACGCGAAAACUGCGGCGGGUACUUCCCAUGCCGCCCCUGCUACUAGUGGUACUCAUCGUACGUCCAUAUUCACUCAUACUGAGAGGAUCACGAAGUCCCAAGCUAAGAACACGUCGUGUAAUGCUGACCAAGAUAAAAAGGCAGAGAAAGCAGAGGCCGAGGUCAAGUUCGCGGUCCAGGAGGAGGCGUCAGUGGCGACCGUCGCGACUCCCAUCAAUCGUAGGGCCGAUCGUGUUUCGUCUCUCGCUACUGCGGCGGUCCGGAGGCGUACUUCGUCUGUAGUGACUGCGGCUGCUUCCAGGACGACGACCAGUCCUCCAACAGCCACUGCGAAUGCGAACACGGAGUUGGAUCCGAGGGGCAGGACUAGGGCUUCUGUGAAGGCGAAUGACAAGAGGUCUUGUCUGAGGAGUAGGAAGUAGGGCUUAAAAGUUUGGGUUUUCCUCUUUUCAAACGCUUGGCUGGAUGCAGUAAAACAAAGUUUGGAAUUCAGGGACAUCGGUGAAAAGGCGGAGGAGAGCUGGAUUGAAGACAGAUGGUUCAGGAUAUCGCGGAUGGGGGGGCUUCUGGG